AUAGGUUAUUCAAAGUUAACGCGCCAUGUAACUCCGGCGGUCUCCGAGGUUCGUCGUAAGACAAGAUAUAUUACGCCAAAAGGACCGAAGCGAGACGUCGAGCAGAAAUCGAUAACGUUGCAGAAUCUCGACCUCGCCAGCGCGGGCCAAUACAAGUGCGAGGUAUCUACCGAGGCACCGUCCUUCGCCACCAAUUACAAGACAGUUAAUUUGACGGUAAUUUCGCCGCCGGAGAGAGGACCGGAAAUCACGGGCAUGUCCACGCACUACGCCGUCGGAGAGAACGUCACUGCCAAUUGCACUGCCUGGCCGUCAGUACCCAAGGCCAAUCUACGUUGGACCAUCAACGACGAACCGGUACGUCGCGAGGAUACUGUCCAGAACCCGCCCUUGCUGCCUAUCGUCAACGGGGGAGGCUUCCCAAACAGCUUGGGGCUCUGGUUGGAGGCCGAACAACGGCACUUCAUCAACGACGCGGGAGAGAUCAACGUGAAAUGCAUCGCCGAGGUGGGCUCGAAAGUGUACCUUGCCGAGAAAAAGAUAACGACGGGGCACGUGAACAGGCAGAGACUUAGCGCGGGCGAUCAUUUGCGUUCGACCGCGCGCAUCGUACGCGCCAACUUUCUCGUUCCGCUUCUCGCGACGAUUUUCACGCUCGUUCGGCUCACAACGUGAUCUAAUGGCCCACUCGCGUGAGUCGGCCUCCUCGAGCGGGAAUUAAACAUUGCAAUCGCGACUUUUCGAGAAGCGCGGCGGCGGGUUCAGUGUGUCAGUUGUCCGAUCCUUACGUAUUAAAGUUAGGUUUAGCGAUUAAGCGACGAUACCUCCCCUCCUCCCCUCCCGAUCGAUCGAUCGAUCAAUCGAUCGUUGAUAAAUCGCUCGUUCUCGAUCUCUACGAUCAAUACGCUUUCGCGUUCAGCGGCGAUCCUACAUGGAAAUGAAAAAAAUGAGAGAAGAGGCGGCAAAUGAAAAUCUCGUCGGAAGGAGACAAUAAAAUCGUAUAUAGGUACACAUUGUUGUGAGAGCAAACUUGCGUUGUUACGUUUCGUUUUCGCCGAAUUUAGUUAUUUGAAUUUUAAUAUUUUACAUUAUUGUUACGUGUUGUUUUAUUCUAUUUUUCUAUUGCGCGCAUGUGUGUGUGUGUGUGAUUCGUAAAGUCACGACGCGAGGAGAUCGAUCAUAUUGCAACAUCAUUGAUCAUAGACGGGAAAUAGUUUUUUUUUUUUUUUUUUUUUUAGGCCCGCAUAUUUUAAGCGACUUUGUCAGAUCAGUAUUCUCUCUGUUAGACGCGGAUACUUAGAAAGUUUCCUCGUAAUUUUCGCGGCGGCUUCUCUUCCUCUUCGAUUUCUCCUUAUCAUAUUUAACUCCCAAUCCUUUUAACGAGUUCUAGAGGUACUGGGAGACUCUUUAAAGUUCUCUUCGAUUGCGGCUCGCGCGCACAGUCGUCAUUAACUUCUCAUUCAGGUUUUAAAGGUUUUACUUCUAAUAGCAAAUGUCACGACGUAGAUAGCGCAAAGUUAUCAAAUAAUAAUAAUGAUAUCUUUCUUGAGAAUGAGUUUUUCGACUUCAGGGGACUUUACUUGAUUUUUCAACUUUUUUCUCUACGAGUUCGCACAUUUCCUGAACUGUUUUCGCGACGGUUAAA